CUCUAUUUUAUGCUGCAUAUGGUUUAAUGGGGGCUUUACCUCCUUUAAUUCAUUCUCUGAGUCUAGACCAGGAAAAGAUAUCUUAAUUAGCUUAUCCAUCUCAUAACCAUCAAGGGCUUGGAGUUCUGCAGCUACAAAGGACACAGCCAUUAAAGUUCUAGCAGGAAAGUGGAAUACUGUGAAAUUACCAUUCAACAGUAAUUCUUCUGGCUAAGGAGUGGUGAUGUGGACUGACUCAGCAAAGAGACAACUAUCUACUCUUUAAAUGGAUGGAUGAAAGCUUCAGGGGUAGGAAGAAGAAAUAGGUGGAAUAAGAGCCUAGAUAGACUUCUAGAUUUGUGUACUCAAAAACUGACGCCUCUUUGUAUAAGGAAAACAAGUGUAUUUGAAGCCUCAAAUUGCAUAAUGCAUGUUGAUUCAUGAAUAAGAGGGAUAAAAUGGAUGUUCUGGAUCAUCUAGACCAGGGGUGUCAAAUUCCCAGACCCUGGGCCAUCCCCAACUAGAACCAAAUCUGGUCCAUAACCAUAAAAAAGUAGUGUUUCCAAAAUAUCCUAUUUAUUUUUCCCUUUUAGACUAUUACUCUUCACAUUGCUGUUAGUUUUUCUCCCUUUUUUAACUUAAGAAUUUAUGAAGAUUCAAAAUACGAAGUUAUGGACUGAGACUGAAACUUUAAUUUCUAUCAUGGACACAGUCUCAGUGUAAAACUUAUUUUAAAAAUGGAAGCCUGAAUUUUCUGUUGCUGAGCAGAUAAACUGCCUUAUUGAAUGGAUAUAAAAUAAGUACAUUUUCCAAAUUUGGAUUAUUUGAAGAAUCUCAAUAAAGAAUUUCUUGCUCUUGCUAUAGGAAUGAGGUAACUAAAGAGAUUGCAGAGCUAUGGGGAAAAUGGAGAUUAUUACAAAGCCCCUCCCUCCUUUAACAAUAAAAAAAACAAGUUAGGCUUUCCUGUCUCAUUUUAGGUGAGAAGUAGAACAGUUGCUGAAUGUGUAGCAUUCUACUACAUGUGGAAGAAAUCCGAACGUUAUGAUUACUUUGCUCAGCAAACAAGGUUUGGAAAGAAGAGGUACAAUCAUCACCCAGGGGUCACGGACUAUAUGGAUCGGUUGGUAGAUGAAGCAGAAGCCCUUGGUGGAGCAGUACAUUCUUCAGCCUUAACUUCUAAUAGCAGAACGGAACCCAUUCCUGAUCAACAGCUAAGCAUUCUAAACUCCAUAUCUGCCAAUGAUUUGACAGCAUUGACCAAUAGCGUAGCUACAGUCUGCCACUCUACCGAUGGGAACUGCUUGGAAGAUGCCUUUUCUCCUCUGGACAGCUUACCACGAGCACCAGUAAAUCAUGUGCCUGUUGUAACAGAAGAGUUGCUUACCUUGCCUAGUAAUGGUGAAAGUGAUUGUUUUAAUUUAUUUGAGACUGGAUUUUAUCACUCGGAGUUAAACCCAAUGAACAUGUGCAGUGAAGAGUCAGAGAGACCUGCCAAGCGAUUAAAAAUGGGGAUUGCAGUCCCUGAACCCUUUAUGAAUGAUGUUUCUGUAAAUAACUUGGGUGUGGACUUUGAGAACCACACACAUCAUAUUACCAGUGCCAAAAUGGCAGUCUCAGUGGCUGACUUCAGCAGUUUAUCUGCAAAUGAGACAAAUGGUUUCAUCAGUGCCCACACUUUACACCAACAUACUGCCCUUCACUCAGAAUGACUCCAGUGGUGAAUUACAGAAACAAUGGGUACUUUAUGCGCAGCAGUAAACUUGAUGGGAACUGUCAGGUUUGCUUAGUCUUUCACUGGAAGUUUGAACUGUAUGACAUCAGUGAUGUCUUUGUAUGUAUAGAACUAUAUCUUGAUUUAUCAAGAAUAAUUUCAUUUUUCAAUCCAUACGUGUGGAGAAUUCAUAUGAUGUUCGGCAGAGUUUGAGACUAAGAGAACUCUGGUGCAGCUUUAAGCUCUGCUUCAAUUUUUUUUAAAGCCUGUAGACAGGGGCCACCAUCUCAAAACCAGCACAGAAGUUGUGAACUGAUUGGAGUGGCUUUUUAGUCUAAGUUACUUUUGCCGUAACCGAUGCAGUGGAAUAACAAUGUUUACAGGUACAGAUCCUGAUUCCUGCUCAAUGUAGCAUUUUUUUAUAAAGGCAGGAAUGGGUUUCUUUAAUUUAAACUGCACAAACAAGGAUGUUUUUUAAUGGAACCUUCUCUCAUGUGAUACUAAACUUGGGCACUUCAGUUUACAAAACAGCAAGUUCAUCUUGGUGGAAGCUAGCACAAGGGACUAUAUGAGCAAAGUGUGAAGACACAAACUUAGAUGCUGUUGCAAAAUUAUAGGCCAUGGCUACCUUACACAGAAGUGAUUAUACUGCCAGAAGAUUUCUGUGUACUUAAAAUUUAUUGGAUAAACAAAUGCAUUUUAGAAUAUUCUGAUGGGGUUUUGUCCACAACUUUGAAGUGUAAUGUAAUAACACCAGUUAUUGUGUAUCAACUUUUUUUUCUAAGGCAGCUGAUGUAUAAAGCCACAGUCUGCAUUGUUUAGGAUUCACCACUAAAUGGUUUACAUUUGGGACAUACCUUAAAUUGUUUGGAGCACUGCAGUUCAUUUGAGGGACUAUCUAGAUUUUUAUAUUGUGCAGUACAACCUUGAAGUAUACAUUUGAAACUUGCUUUAGCAUGGAUUAUGUUUAUUUGUUUUGACAAGUCAUUUUCUCAAAACGACAUUUGAAUGCUUUUCUCAAAUGGGGAUUGACAAAAAAUUGUUUAUUCCAAUCAAUUUUGGUGAAUACUAAGAUGAAAUUUUUGAUGACCGUAAAUGAUUCUACUUAAUAGUUUUUUAUUUAAGUUGUGUUACAGAUUCUUACAGAACAUAGUAUUUGUAUGUGAUAUGCUUCCAGAGCAUACAACUUUCAGGUUUGUGCUUUUUUCAUUUUUGUUUACAAGAUUCUGAAGUAUAGCUUAAUACAAUUGAAUUGCCGUAGAAUUUCCCGCACGCACCCACACUUUUCUUUGCACUGUCUGGAAUGCAGAUUUAAUUGCCACUAACUUGCUUGCAUUUUUUAAAAUGCUUAAGUUUGACUACAUUGGUAAUAUUUGUAGUAAUUGCUUCAAGGUUAUGCUGAGUAAUUUAGUAGUAGAGACUUUGGGUAGUAUUUGAAAGGGACGAGGGUAUUUAUUAUAUAUACUGUGAACUGCAUUGAGAUCCUGAAUUUUGGAUGCAACAUACUCCCAAGUUUUCUUUACAGCCUUGUAAUGAAGAUCGCUUUGAACUGUUUACGCAAUAGCACAUUUACUAUAAAAAAUAGUUUAGCACAGUGGACAAAAUUAGUUAGCGAUAAUUUAUCAAUUCUUUAACUUAAACAUCUGAAAUAUGUAAUUCUAGUAAGUACACAGUAAAUAACGGGUAGCCUUGGCCCUGUGUUGUACUCUGAUAUUUUUAGCCAAGUUGUCAACUUCUUGUUGCUGUGUUUUGUGCUGAACUUUGUACCUUGUUUCUUUUAUUUCUGAAUCAACACAUUUUAUGUAAUUUUGUAAAAUACUGGCCAUAUUCUUUCAUUGUUAUACAUUCAAGUUUAACUAUGGGUUUACAGUGGCUGGUCUGUAUAAAAAUCAUAACACAAAGAUGACUGAAUGCUUAUACCAGUUGCACUUAAAUGAACAUGCCCAUUCUCAUUAGCUGAUGCAGUAAUAUAUUCAGUUUAUCUAUGCAUUGCUGGGAUCUUAAUAUAGACAGAGGCUUGUCUAAAGUUUGGAUUGUCAGCAAGUUGAAUGGACACUUUAGUUAUUUAAUAAAGACUUUUUGACCAAAAUUCAGAAAAUGGUAUGAGAGAAAAAUGAUUUCCAGCUAGUCUAAUAGAUUUUUAAAUUCUAAUCUUAUGUAGCCUGUUGGCAAGCUAGCUGGUAAAGUUUACUUUUAAUUCCUUGUUAAAAUGAGGCAAUAAUUUGCAAGAUUUGUAAAUAUGUACAUUCUGCAUAUCUUUUUAGAUAUCUAUUUCAAUAUUUUCUGACUACUUGUGUAUAGUAACAUUUUUGUGCAUGCUUGAUGUGACAUUCAUAAAUUUGUACCACUAUGACUUUAUCCUUGUAAAAUAGCUAUUUAUUGAAUUUUUCUUUUAAAAGCUGGACUUACCUAUUUUUCUCUCAGUUUAAACAUUUUAGUGGAGAACUUGUUACUGUUUAUUAAAAGAAUUGCGUUUUAAGGGUCAGCGUGAAGAUAAGUGUGAUUGCAAACAUAUGAAGAAAAUAUAUUGCCUUGUUUCUUGGAUGGUAAAGCACAAUUCUUGUAACAAACUGUGAUGAAUUCUUUGUCUUUUGCCACAUUUUUUUUUCUUCUUCAUAUGAACAAACCAAAAAUCCAUAAUGGGCAAUUGCAGUGUUGGUAGAUGUAUCUUUUAUGUACAGGGAAGAGGAUAGCUUAUUCAUUUAGAAGUGUAACUGGUGCUGUGAUUAUAGCAAUACUUUACUUUUUUUAGUCAUGUCAUCUUCUCAUGCUAGAUUUUUAAAUGUUUAGUUUUCCUCUUGUCAUGGUCAAACUGCUGAAUUUACUUGAAGGAUGUACAAUACUGUUUGCAGAAUACUAAAUUGUGUACAAUUAGGUCAAUGAAUUGUGCAAUUGUUUCCUGCUUUUAAUUUUUAAAACUGAGGGUCAAAAAAUGUGUAAAAACUUUAGAUCCAGUAGAACAUAGUGAUACUACAUUACUUAACCAAAGUCUCUAGUGAAUAUUUUAACUUUGAAUGUAAACUAAUGGAUAUACUGACCACCAGGGACACUAUUUGCCCAGAGUUACAAGCACAUUAUCUACAAAGGGGAAACUAAAUACAGUAAUUUAUAAAAUAAUGACAACGUUGCUAUUUUUUUAAUGUUUUUCACUUAACGGAGGAAAUUAUCAAUUACUGUUUAAUAUUAUAGGUAUGAUUAUGGCCCUCUUACGCUACCAGUGAUUCCAGCCUUUCCCAGUUUGAAAUAAGCACCCUGUGUAUAAUGACCUAAAUCAGUGACAAUCGGAACAAGUUUUAGUAUCAGAUGUUCAAGAGGAAGUUGCUAUUGUUGCAUUGGUUUUAAUAUUUGUACAUAAACACUGAUUUUUUUGAGCAUUAUUUUGUAUUUGUUGUACUUUAAUACCUGGUGUACAGUUCCAGAAAUAAAUGUCUGGAAACCUU